AGGCAGUGUGCAUUGUGAUCGGCUGCGGGAAGCGCUGGGUUCUAACCCCAUCGCCGGACACUCACCGGUAAAACGGCUGCAAGCGAUGUCCGACCAGGCACCCUGUUAUGAAAAGGGCAUCAACUGCUUGGAGGAAACUCUCGCCGUAGGUUAAUAGCUAUUAGCUUUCCUGGAGGAAUGCUGUGGGUACGCACAUAUUGCGUUUCAGUCAUCAGCUGAGUACCUGACACACAGCGUUGGAGCAAGGAAGUGCCGGCAGGGAUGACGGCGAUUAUUUGACGGUUAAAUGACGCUCUAAUGGGAGUAGCAUAAUCAAGGCCGUACACGUGGUUUCAUUGCGCGGUCUUCCCGUACAUUUCUACACAUUCCUCUAAGUUUUUAAGACUUGUGUUUCUCUACCGACACCGCCCACGGCACGCUGCGGUUCAGCUCGUGUGGAGAGAGAGAGAGAGAGAGUAAAACAUAUUUAUUAAUAAUAUUCGAAUGGCGAGAGCAGUGUGGGAGGAACCCUCAGUCCAGGGUCCCUAAGAUGAUUCCGGCGAUGUUUCGAGCCCGUUGUAUCCCAGCUCGGAGGACCUCGGGAGGUCCGUCGCGGAGGGCAUCGUCCCACAGCUGUAUGCGUAUUGUGCACGACGCGCGUGGCGAGAUGCGUGACGCUAUAGUGUGCAGACUUUUGCUUUAUCAGGUGCUGUCUGGAGAACUGCGACAUAUUCGACCACUUAAAGUGAAGUUUUAGAAUCUUCGGGCGCUAAAAUAGGUCUUUCUUUUUUUUUUCGCAGGAACGUCCAGUGACAUUGGCGCAGUGGUCGCCCUUUAUCGGACAAUUUCUGCAUUUCACGCAUACUCGAAUAGCUGAAUGAACAAGUAUAUGUACGGAAUUCGUCGUAAAAUCAAGAACACCGAAACGAUAAAGAAAACAAAUAAACUAAGAUGGGACCUCACGUACACACGCAGCCUUGGCAAUCGACUGAAUCAGCAGUAAAAGAAAAAGAUAAACAUCUGCUACUUGUGAUUUUUGUAAUUCCCCCCAUUUUUUAAACAUUUGUCCAGUUGAUAAUCAGUGUUCGUUUUGCGCACGUCUGUGUCCCUUUUUUGUGUGUAUGUGCUUUCCUCGGUGCUUUUAUUUUUAGACCCGAGCCAAAGCUUUCUACUAUGUUUUUACACCAUAUAUGAAAUGAUAGCUCGCAGAUAGCUAAACCCAGUGUGCAGGCAGCUAGUAUAAAAUUCGUGUCGCAAUCACAUAUGAUUGCGACGCUAUCUCUAAAUAUACUUUGAGCAUGGCGAAUGCCUCGGCAGUCACCCCGUUUUAUCUUUUUCACAGGAAACCCUGUUUCAUAACUGAGAAGAUGUGAAUGAUUACUGUAGUCUAAGCAAUGCUACUACACCAUAGGUGAUUCGCUCUAGUGUCAGCUGAGUAAGAACAAAGUUCUGCACAAUUUCUUUUGUUAUUGCGACUGUAUAUUUGUGACAGAAAUAAUGAUUCUCCCUAAUGCGAAAUUUGAGCGCAGCUCGAUAGGUGUUUUCGUUUCGCGGUAUAUUGGCUGGCGCGGACAAUCUGUCUCGUGCGGCACGUUGCAAAUGGAGCGGCGCGACUGCCUUGCUAAUCUGGAGAUACGAGAGCCAGCGCGCGGGUGACGCGUGGGCGCGAUUCACAGCAGCCGGACGGCGUGCCCUACUCUGGCGCCAUCUCGUAGUCAUGGUCAUCGAACUACGCUUUUCUUCUCCCGCUUUAGCCAUACCCUCUUCCGCUUUCCGCCUCACGGUUCCGCUGCGCACGCCUCUCCGCUUUCAUCCUCGCCUCUUUCAUCCGCCCCGCUGCGCUCCGCGUUCGCUUUCAUGUUUCGCUGUGCUCGUUCGUUCGGUUACGCCGAGGGACGACGCCGACACUCACCGCCAGAAACAGGCGCCUAAGAGCUGCGCCUUAAAACUAACAAAUUGAAAACAAUGAUGAAAAAUCGGAGCAUACUUUCGGGAUAGUCCUCGUAAUUUGAGAUUCAAGUGGGCGAAAGCAGCGAUGUACACGGACAUACGGACAUUAUAUAGUAAAGUAAGAGCUUGGCGAUUCAGGACAUUCUGCUUUAUGUCCCAAGGUAACGCUUUUUGGUGUGUGGUUGCAUCGUGGUUGGUAGAGCCUCAUUGGUCCUCCGCAGAUGUAACGUUGGAAGCAUUGCUUUUAAUGCUUGGGGUAAGAUGGCUGAUUUAUGAAGGCAACAAUGCCCAUUCGUGGGCUGUACUUGCUAUCUUUAAGGCAGCAGUUACUUUAACAAUGCAGACGAACACUACAUAAACCGUCAACGUAACUACCAUAAGACUAAAUACCAGAGAUUAGACUCAACUCAGACUGAAUGAACUAAACUUCGCAUCAUAUGGUUGUAUUAUGCGUGGAGAUAUGCCAGUGGGCCUUCUCGGGAAUGUAUCGCAGCGGAAAUGUGCACCGAAUGUUCUCAGGUGUAACAAUCAAAGCGUGCCAUAGUCCGGCCAAGUCCGGACGCGCACUUCGAUCGACGACGUCCGCAACCGGAUACAAAGGAAGCUCGACGGAUCGGUGGCCUGACGUAUGUACGUGUUCAUCGUCCGCAGACCGACGCAUACUUCGCUGCUCAAGACACGGCGUGGACACGGUCGUGGUACGAGCUUUUCAUCUCUCAAUCAAUAAUAUCCGUCCAAAAUUGACUCGACUUAUGGUGUUGCAACCUCCAUUUCCUGCUAAGCGGCAUGCACCGGUUGAAACAGCAUGGCGGCGCGGCGAGUACCGACGAGUACUUCUCCCGAACUUCGAGCUCGAGCGAAGACGACGACGACGUCACGCUUGACGGGGCGCCAUUCGAGUCCCCGCUGCCGCGCCUCAGGGACGAAUCCGUGGCCCAGCUGAGGCUCGCCAAGGCCGGCUGCCGAGACACCGGGCGGCAGGGUAGGAACUGCCACACCUACAGCAAGGGGGCCGGCUUCUCACUGGGCAACGAUGGCGACUCGUCGCAUUCGCCAACGACGAAAUCAAGGUCGUGGAGGCACAUCUCGAGGACCGCGGACACGUACGCGCUGUCUCAGCUGCUCGACUGCUCCGACACAGAGGCCCUCUUCACGCUCGUCCUCAUGGGGGUCCACUUCGACGCGCUGCUGGAGAACGCCGCGCUCGACUGCGCAGCGCUCAACACGCUCCUGGCUUUGCUCGCCAAGGCGUGCGCGUGCCGCCAGACUGAACACCUGAGACUGCUGCUGGGAACCGUGGCGGCCAACAACAGGUUCCUGCGGAACGUCGAGCAGCAGCUUGUCUGCAGACGGAGAUUUCCGGCCUUUUGGGACCAGUUCGUGGUACCUCUGGUGACGGUCGUGGAGAAAUCAGUGAAACUGCUUCCACGUGAUGGAACGAAUAACCUCUGUGGCGUCGCUGCUGCUUUACUAGACUUAGUCAACAGCAGCCUGCAGGACACGCAGCCUAUCGACGCGAAUGUUGUGGAGGCGGUAGAAAGUGUUGGCACACACUUGGCCGAGGCGAACAAGCUCGAUUUCCGGCGAGUCGUUGGGAGGACACAUUACGCCUCGUUUCCCGGGGACGGAGACGCUGGAGAGAAGACAACCGUGCUGCCAGCGGACUUCAUUCAAAGCGUGCAACUGGGUGAAACAGUAGAAGUCGACUCUUUUCGUCCAGCCACGACAGCUGAAUACAUAAAGGUCCAGUACAGCCGCCUCAAGCAGCUCUUUCUGCUUCCUUUGGAGAAAGUAUUGACCACGUUGCAGUCGUUCCCGUCCUCGGCUGAAGUCCGCAACCCUGUCAUUUACACAAAAGUGAAGAUUGGUCCUCCCAUAUGCACGUUCAAUGGCGUCGGCAACAAAAUAAACUUCACCAUUGUAGAUAGCAGAGAUUGCGAGUCCAAGCUGCAGCCAGGAUGCAUGAUUUGCAUAAGCAACGACGGCUUUGAAACAGUCUUCUUCGGCACGGUACUCUGGCGAAGUUUCAAAGACAAAGAACGGGGGCACAUGGUUGCGUCCUUUCCCGAUACUAGGAGGCUUGAGGGCGUGGCUUCCGCUCGAGGCUUUGUCAUGACAGAGUGUCCGGAGUUUUAUGAAGACUAUGCUUCUGUUUUUGGUGUGAUGAAACAGUUUGAGAAGACACAGCUGCAGCUCCCUUUCAGAAAAUACGUUGUCGACAGGCGCAGCGAUGCCGCUGCGCCUGGCUACAUGAACAACAACACCGUUUUUGACAUGAAAGCACUGUUCCAAAAGAGUGUAUUUAUACGCCCGCACAAGGACCGAGAUUGGCCGAACAGCGAAGAGACUGAACUGGACCGCUACCAAUACGAUUCCGUUCAGACGGCAGUUUCGAGGGCCGUCACGCUCGUAGAGGGAAUGCCUGGAACAGGCAAAACGUUCGUGACGACGCGGCUUGUAUCUGUAAUGUUGGACAACAUCAAUGUCUCCCAUGGAGGCCCCAUUCUGAUCGUAUCGAAGGACAAGGAAAGCAUCUGCUCGCUAAUGGCGCACUUUGAAGGAGUGCUGGACGAUGUUGAAGUCGUUAGCGAAGACAGCGAUCUUUUUCAAAUGACAAAGAAAGUGCUGUCUGCCGGACCAAACCCUGAAGUAGUCGAGCCGACACCUUUGCGCUUGCUGAGACGACAUGUCGACGAGCUUGAACAACUGAAGUCACGAACUAGGAACCAGCAAGAUCAUCUCAGACGUAUUCCGUCUAGGCUUCUAGGUGAGAGCGAGCUUAAAUCCGUGAUGAGUGACAAGCACUACAAGAGCUUGUUUUUCACUAUGGUCACUGGGGCUGAAGACAAGCUGAGAGACUGGCUGCUUGCUGACAAUGAAGAUGUUGUAGCAAGGUUUUCUUCAGGCCACCGCGGUUCUCUAUCUGAGGAUGAAGUCUGUUACGUUAGUGAUGUGUGGGCGCUUGACAUGGAGAGCAGGUAUCGGCUCUAUGGUUACUGGAGGGACAACUAUUAUGAGAGGAAAUCACGUGAGUGGCUCGAUUUGGUAGGAAGGUUCAAAACACUACUUUUGCUGAAGGAAGAAGUGGAGGAAAAAUUGCAAUUCGAGACUCUUCGCGUACCGAAGAUUGUAGGAGUAACUCUCUGUUCGCUACCUAAAAUAUGGAAGGCACUCAGAGAUAUUAAGCCCCACAUUAUUAUUGUGCUAGAAGCACGUUCAAUACCGGAGCCCUUCAUGUUUCCAGUAAUAACACUUAACCCUCACCAUAUUGUUUUCAUUAGUGAUACACAAAACGUUUUCGAUGUGCAGGAAGAUAUUGGUGCGGCUCAUGACUCGUUAUUUGACCGUCUUGUGAAACAAGGGGUCGCCUGCUGUCAGCUUUUGACGCAGUACCAACUCAACCCAAGCACAGUAAAAAUUUUAGAUGCUUUCAAGACGAAAAAAAUUCUUGAAAGGUACGAGUUCAAGACCGAACUUUCCGACAUACGGGGAGUGUCGUCGAACUUGCGUUUCAUUGACCAUUCCGUGAGCUACGACAGGGACAAUAUUAUCGCGUGUGCUCUCGAAGCGGAAUUUCUGGCGUCGUUGGCGAAGUACUUGCUCCUGCAGGGCUACCGCCCAAGCCAAAUCUCCGUGUACGCACCCACAGCGGAUCAAGUUGAACUCAUCAAAUCGAACUUGUGUGGCCUGGAAGAAGAGCCUCCGGUCACUACAGUGGAGAAAGCCAAAGGCUGCAAGAACACCAUUGUACUCAUGUCAUUCGCGUGUCCCAACACGACGUACGACAUCAACGCCUCCUGCAGGGACCACUACAACGUCAUCGCGUCUUCUACGAUAGGACUGUACUGCAUCGGGAACAUUACGUACUUGUCGGAUAACACCAAAACAUGGAAGCAGGUUGCUCCCGUUCUUUGCGCAGAAGGUCUGGUGGGGCCACUCGAGCUCAAGUGCCAGCUACACCCGGAGAAGACCACAGCCGUGUCGAAGGCAAGGGACUUCGCUGAUGUGCAUGACGGCGGCUGCAGUACACCGUGCAAUGCCUUCCUGCCUUGCGGUCACCCGUGUCCCAAAACAUGCCACCUAACGGACAAAGACCACCAGCAGACCGUGUGCACCAAGCCUUGCAAGAAGCUGCUCUUGUGCGAUCACCCUUGCAAGGCAUUGUGUGGAGAACCUUGUCCAAGUGAGUGCGAGGUCAUGGUGAACGCGCUGAGUCCUUGUGACCACGUCGUUAGGGUCCCCUGCUCGGCCGUGCUCAAUGCGAGCGAGGUGCGCGCCCAAUGCAACGAAGUGUGCGGAAAGAAGAUCAGCAAGGGCGUCCGCUGCGCAAGAAAGUGUCGCGACUGCUUUCUUGAAAGCACUCACCUUAACGACGAUGUCUACUUCGAAGAGGAGCCCUCAAUCUGCACGAGCUGCCGAAUCAUGUGACGGUGUAGAAUUUUUUUUUUUUACUUUCUUUUUGCAUACAGAGCGUGUACAUAGUCUUCUCAGACCCUUCGGAAAGUUCCUGUUUUGUUUUCAUUUUGUAGCUGCGGCCAGUUGAAAAGUACUUUCCCAUGAAAAUAAAAGAACAUAAAACCUGUUA